CAACCGACUGCAGCGAGCGCGCGCCAGAUUGCAGACCAUCCUCGAACCCCUCGGACGUAGCCUGACGCCCUCGCCGGUGGAUUAUACCGCUGAAGCUUCCUCCGCCUGGAGAAAUAUCGGGAUUGAAGUGCGUACGAGACUCCGUGCGAGGAGAUAUGGGCGUUUCUUGUGGCAGCGUUACCGAAACGUGCAACCCCUGCCCUGCCCGCGCGGCCCGCGCGGCCCCUGUCCGUUCCCCAUGGCCCCCGGGUACCUCAUGGCUGCGGACCCGGACGAGGUGAGAGAGGAGCGCGAGCUGUUCCGGUUUGGGCAGAUGGUGGAGCGUGCGCGCUGCAUUAAUUCGGGGCUUCAUGUUUGGGAGGAUGCUAUGCCUGUGGUUCAGGAGGUGGGGGAUUGGGUGGAGGGAGCUGAGGGGGAGGAAGGGGAUACUAGUGGGGGAGAGACGAGUGAGGAGGAGAUGGGUGUGGAGGAGGACGUCAGCGAGGAGGAGGAAGCUCAGGAAGAGGGAAGUAAGGAUAAGGGUAAAGGGAAACUGGAGCAAGUUCACAAAGGGGAUGAGUGUUGUGAAGGGACUAGUGACUCGGAGGACUCGGUGGGCUCGGAUGAGUCGGAUUUUGUUGACCCAAUCUUGAUACUGUGACGGGUGAAGAGCGCAUGGAGUGACCUCUCCAUGAGUUGAGGUGAGAUGUAAGAACACCGUCUCCACUACUGUGCCGUGGUCGCUGAAUUGGUUUGUCAUGUUGUUGCUGGGACGUUGAGCUAGGUGUUAGGUGUUGAAGUGGGGGGGGUUUUGUGGUCGGGUAACAUUUCACAUGUUUGUGCUGUAGGAGUACUUGGAGAUCUACGGAAGGUUUAGUGAGAAC